AUGUCCCGAUUUUUUCUGCCCCCAUAUCCGCCACCGCCGGAAUCUAUAUGUAGUCAAACACCCGAGUAUCCGAAAUUGCCACCACUGAACGAGCACCAAAAUACUCGAACCGGAACCGGAACUGGAUUAUUAAACGUGACCAAACAUCGAAGAAAUAUGGAAAAAUCGGUCACCACUGUUUCUUCUAUUGCACGAAAGCAUCGAACUUGGAAGCCCAGAUUACAAGAGGCAGCAGUGUGGACUGUGGAUCAUCAAGUGCCUGAUUACACGUGCCUCAUAUGUGGCAUGCGAUUCUCUCAUGGCGAUAUGUUGUACGCUCAUUUGUUGGUCUUAUCUCAUCAUUUUGUUAAAGUGAAUUCCUAUCCUUCCAUACAAUUCCGUUGUCGUCGAUGUGGACAAAGUUGGACGGAAGAGUUCAGCACGCAACGAUUGAAGGAGUUACAACGACACGGAUGUGUUCAACAGAAAGCUGCUUUCCUCAGCAAAUGUAUCAUUCCGGAUGAACCGUUUAAAAAAUGCGGACUUCCAUUUGUUUGUCUGUUCUGUUGCACCGAACCGCUUCAGUCAACCAAUCGACGACUGCAGCCCGUCGGGAAAUAUACAAAAACGCCGCUAUACUCGUGUGAAAGUGCAAUGCGAUUUGAAUCCAAACUGCAUUUGGCUGUGCACAUUCUAUGCUGUCAUUCCACACGGGCAAAACCCGGUGGUUGCGGGGAAUGCUCGUAUCAAGUGGAUCGAAUGUACAAACCCGAUUCAGCAUGGGAUUCCACCAGAUUUUGGUCCGAUAAAGCCGAAACAAACAAAUCGGUUGAACGAACAAUUGUAUACGAUGACUCCGGUUCACUUUCCACCGCCUCGGAAUCCGAUAAUUCGCGUCCCAUCUACCGACUACAGGAUUCUAUUCUCGAACGAAACGGUCUUUCAAGUUUGGAACAACAUUUGGAUGUGAUUCAUUGGCCUUUGUUUGAAUUUCUUUCUUGGUAUAUGAAACAACGUCGAUCGGUCCUGGACCGGACACAUACCGAUGUCUAUUCGUGUCCGCUGUGUGAAUUGUCACAAAUGAUGGAAGACCAACGGAACAUCACCUCCAAAGGGGAUAUUUUCGGGGAGUUGAGUAAGUCGUCGCGGAGGAACAAGUAUCAGAUUCAGACGAAUGCGGUACUGCAAUCCCAUGUGGCAUGUUAUCAUUCGGGAUCGAAACAAAUGGACAUGCUGUUCGGUAUCUGUCAAGUGUGCGGGCACACUGAUUGGAUGCAGCUGUCACAAAAUGAAACAGACUCCGGUUCAUGUAAUGGUCAUUCGUAUGGUUCAGUGAAACAUUUGAUUCGUUCCGGACAUGCCCGACGUUUACAACAACAAUUUGUCCGGUGCUUGGAACAGGGUCGUUUGACCGAGGAGAGUGUACACUGUUCAUUCGACUGGGAUACUGUAUGUCUGUACUGUUGGAAGCGUUUCACCAGUAAACUGGGUCCGGAUGAUCGCAUACUUCGAGCACGAUGUGAGCUGCAGGCACAUCUGAUUGUUGCCCACUGUGGUCCAUUUGCAAGUUAUGCAAGUGGAAACACAAUGCCCACAGUCCAAAGUCAACAGCAAUCCCUGGGUUCCGGAGCGAACGGCCGAAAAUGCGGAUGUUGGGAUGGAAGAAGAACAUACGUCACAUCUCAUAUAUUUAGCAAAAAUUUGCCAUCAGUGGGCAGUAUUCACAGUUUUCACACAAUCAUCGAUGGUGCGAAAAGGCGAUACGGUUAUUUGGACACAACGACAUCUGAAGAUAUUUUCUGUAGUGAAAUAGCCAAAUCUGGUCAUUCAUCUAAUGCUCCAAAACUGGUGGAGAGACUUUCUAUUCCUGACGAAUAUAGGUUAUAUUAUAAAAAAUUCCGGGAACAAAUUGUAUCUAUCCAGGAAAAUAUGAAAACGGAUUUAACUGUUUUAUCGUGGAGUUUUAUAAAAGAACGCACACUUGCUUUCGUUGUCAAACGCAUUCCCAAGAAGGAUAAGGUUGACAUCGUCGAUCUGACCGGGAACAGUAUUACGCCUGAUGAUGCGGACACAAAUUGUCAUCGAUUUUCCAACUAUAUACAACUGGCUGAAAAGUAUAAGAAUUACGUGUACAAGAACCAAUUUAAUUUCCGUGCGGAAAGAAACAUUCAAGCAAUUUUAAUUCUAAUGGAUCGCAAUGAUGUGAAAAAGGUGAUGGGAGAGAUAAGGCCACUUGUAACCGCUUGGGUCGAAGGAAAACCGGCUGGGAUGAUGGAAAAGUCCACUGACCCGUUUCCCGUACGAUUCAUUCGUGUAUUAGCUACACGUCGUAUGAUCUAUUCAGUUGGUGAAUGUAGUUCAUGGUCCUCUGACGAAGACGUAGACGGCAAAGUGACAUGUUCUGUGCGUCGCGGUGAUACGUUUGUCGAGCAACCGAGAAUGCGUUUUCUAUCGGAAUCAAACUCAGUACGAAUGUGUGAGCUGGACGUAUCGGACAGUGGAGAAUACCGAUGCUUUGAGGAUAAAAAUCUGUGGUUGGAAAAAAUGCAUCUGAUCGUGUUGCCGAAGGCGGAACACGUGACUGUGAGAUUGACUAGUGAAUAUCUAAAUUCACCGGAUUCGACCAACGUGGAGUUGCGACGACGUGAUGAACUUGGUCGAAUUUUUGUGCGAUCCGGUGAAAUGGUCAUUGCCAAUUGCAUAUACAAUCUGUCCAAGGGACUGGAUAAUUAUAAUGGUCCGAUAUUCGAGAACUAUGUGAAAAAACAGCCUCAGACGGAUGGUUCAACACGGAUUCACGAAAAAAAAAUUGACUAUCCUCAGCACAUGUUUGUUUGGAUCCAGUCGUACAAGUUGAACACAUUAUUCAUCAAAGGAAAAACCUUGGAGCAUCUUUUAGCAUGCAAAUACUCCUAUACGCCCGAUGAAUCUAUUGUGACACACGAUCGACAGUUCACUCCGUGGAAUGUGAUACAUUACGCCAACGAGAGUGUUAUCGCCUCAGCUUAUCAACCACCAGUCAUAUUUGAUUGGGGCAUAGAUACGAAUUACCCGAACGUUACCAAUGCGUUACGGCAAGCUAGCGCCACAUCUCCAGAUAUUGCCUCAUUUUCCAGUGAUCCAAAAGAACCCAUAUUGGUUGACUUCUUUUCCGGAUCGUUUCAUAGUAUGCACUAUCGAAAUGAUGGUUGGACAGUAGUGUGGCUCAUCUCUCGAGAAGAUGGUAUUCUCAGGAUGGAGAUAUGCUCGGUUUCUGAAAACAUCAUGACACCGGAGAACAAUAAGCAGCUUUUCGAUAGGCAGGAUGUGAAGGAUCAUUAUGGUCAGUUUGUUUUAACGCAGACAACAUUUCGCUGUUUGCUGCAUCCUCGUAUAAUUGGCAUCUCAUUGGUUGCAUUUAACACAGAAGGAACACAAGUGAAACAAAAAGAAGUGGAAGAAGCUUAUACAAAAUCUCUGAAAGAAGUGAUCAGUGAACGUCUCCAAACUUCGAAACCAUUGAAUCUAAAGUCCGUAACCAGUCACAGUGAUAGUGUAGUUGAGCAUCGCUUAAUUCGUGUACGGCUCGGUUGGGCUGCAACCGUGAGUCAUCGUGAACAAAUUACAAUGCACUGGGACAUGAAAACCGUUACCCAGGGUAAGCCUCAUUGUGAAUACCGGAAGGCUGAAUCUGAUCAUUGGUCAGCUUUACCGACUGGGUUUCAGCUUAAUAAGAUAGAAAACACAAAUACCUAUAAACUUUACAAACCAGUCAGUGAUCUGACCGAUUCCGGACAAUACAGAUGUUUUGGACCGGAUAAACUAACAUCACUGGGUCCAGUUCUCACGGUAGCAGUCGUUCCGACAUCGGAAGAUCUAAAGACCGAACUGGAAUAUGAAAAGAUUGUUCAGGGUGAAAAUGGAUCCGUGUUGGUAUUGUCUGGACAACGAGUUACAGUGAAAUACUCCUUUGAAUUUGGACACGGUUUUCAAGCUCAGACUUCAACUCGGCUCACUUAUGAAACAUACAAUCCAUUAAAUGAAUCGUACCAAGAAAUUGCAUCAAGCAAGCUGGGUGAAGCAUCUAGAGCAGACAAUCAUACACAUGGUCUCACCAUAAGAUACACAUUCACAGCCCCAGAACCGAUGCAAUACUGGAAUCAUACGAGAGCUCGAUUUGAUAUAUUCCUGACUAAACGUACACGCGAUGCAGGCGAUUUAUUGAGCGAGAACGCGGCUGUUCAAGUGACUACGAUGAGGACGAUCAUGGUGAAAGAACGUCUAUUACCGAAAGCUAUAUCCGAUUUGAUAUUUUCGAAUGAGGAGGAGUUGCAAAAGCAGCUUCAAGCAAACCAUUCACAGAAAGCGGAAACCUCAUUGUUCAAUUCGAAAGUUUCACCCGUGUCACUUGUUGAGAACCCGAUCAACGUCACUUUCACCGUGUUUGCGGGCAUACCAAAGGGACGUUCAAAAUUGUGGUUGGUUUAUCGGCACGGAUCGGACAUAGAAUUUGAAGAAUGUGCUCCGUCAAGCGUUACGGACUUGACGAAACACUCCUCUGAGUUCACACAAAGGGAUAUUUAUAAACAAAGUAAAGGUAACAAUUUUCAACAGCUCAAGUUUCAAUGUAUACUGAUCACGCAGCACAUAGCGAUGAUAUUGGGUUUGUUCAAUGCUUACGAUCACACUUUGUCCAUGGAAGAAGAGGAAAGCGUAUUUAAGCAUGAUUUGAAGCACGGAAUAUUGGGAUCGAACCCGGUGCAAUCAGAUGAUGAUGAGAUGAAGCUUUUGAAAGAGAAAUUGCGUACCAAGUCUAGGCACGUAUCGGUGAAGCUCAAUGUGGGUUGGAAAGCUAUACUGCGAAUUGGGGAGCGUAUUCGUAUAGUCGGUAGAUUUAGCGAAAGCUUAGAAAACGCCAUAGUCUGUGUGAGAAGAACUGUUGACACUGGUCCAGGCGAGGGGGAGGAGAUAAAGUUUCUAAAAGCAAUGGAUGAUGGUAUCAAGGGUUUUGAACUGAUAAAAGACUCGGUCACUUACGAUGACUCCGGCAUAUAUGAGUGCAAGGAUAAUCUGUGUGAAAAUUGUGGUUUUCGAUCUGGUAUGGCCCCUCGAAAUGUUUAUGUACUUCCGGAUGAAAAUAUGCUGUUUUUGAUGUUAAAUCAUCAGACUCUGACCGAGAAUGGUCCGUAUGAAGCAAAUUUCAUCCAGUGCAUACGAGACACCCAUCCGUAUUUGUUCACAGAACAAAAUGUGAGCGUGCGAUGUGCCUAUCCAAUAUCCUUAUUUGAGCAAAUGAAGCCGACAGUUCAACUGGUCUAUCAAAUGUUCGAUGCAACUGAAAGGAAAUUAGUUGGCUUAAAUGCCACUAGGGAAACCGAAGUCAAGAGUCAAAUAAAUCAAAAACCACACUACAUAACUGGAUUUACUAUUCAAGGACCCACACCUGAACAGUUGAAAGGCGAUCUGAUACUGAUUUGCCAAUUCGCUUAUGAAGAACUUUAUUUAGUGGGUCACGAUGCCAGUGGUUUACAAUUACCAGUCGUUCUAGAGAAGAAACGUGAUGUCAGUGCAAAACUGAUGCUCGCUCCGCGCAUAUUUGUUGAGUAUUUGUCGUCAAACAAACAUCACCUUCUAGACAAUCUCCUUCAUCGAGAAACGUUCAGCCCAUUGAGUGCACAACUCUUUCAUAAAUCCGGUUCCUCAUCCAGACUGAUAGAACAAAAUGUUAAAAUCAAUGUGGUGCAAAAUCUCGGUGUACCUCGUGGACAAUCGCUCGCUUUUACCAUUUACGAAUUCAAUGGUCUACAAACAGAGGACUGUUUUCAAAAAGAGUCCAUGUCCUUGAUUGAAUCGAAUACACCGCCCCUCGUAAAAGAGCAUCCAACCUAUCGGACAUCGAAAGGCGCAAACUAUGAGAACACAACAUACGUGUGCACGCUGCAACCGGAACACAUCGCUCUAGUUUUAGUUGUAUUCACCGUGUUCAAUGAAGAUGAAUUGGCAGUCAGAAAGGCUAUCAUACAGAACAUUGUGAGUUAUGUACAGUUUUGGCUCGAAAAUCCCAGUAGUAAGGAGGAUAGACAAUUGCAGAUCAGCAUAAAUACACGCGCAGAUUGGCGCGUACAGAGGCUAAACAUCGGUUGGUUUGGAUCUGUGCCCAUGAAAAGGCAGUGGAGAAUGUUGGUUGCGCAUCAGUGGCUGACGUUCCAUGAAGAAAGAUGGCAAAACGCUCGAUUUAUUUGUUACUAUCAAACUGAUAUGUCGAGUUCCAAAGUGGAGUGUUAUAAUGGUUUCAUGGAUUCAUUCAUUUAUUUCGAGCCCGACAAACCGGCUGAAAUGUCCGAUUCCGGAAUCUACCACUGCGUGUAUAAACCAUGCGCUGGACAAUGUGAUGAGCAUUUACUAGCUGCGCCUCGUCGCCUACUAGUCAUACCAAAUGCAAAUGUGCUUGCGAUCUAUUACAACCGAAGGCUGUUGAACGAGGGUGAAUCAGCGAAAACGGACUGGAAGGAAUACAACAAAAACAAAGAGCCCGUCUUGCGGGAGGGUGAGAGUAUGUUUGUCUAUUGUCAAUUCGAGCGGGUGCCUGGGAUGGCGGAAAAAGAGAAACUUCAAUUCUCUGUUUUCAUGAAAAGCUCUACGACAGACAGUGCAGUUAGGAACUUAUCAUUCACUGAAAGAGGCGAACACAAUAGCAACUCUAAGGUCUACACAGGUGUGUUUGAAGUGGGCGGUCCAAAAGUCGAUGAAUAUUACGAUCCGGUGACUAUUCAGUGUCAGGUGGACUAUGAUGAUAGUAUAUUUGACGAGAAGGAUAUACAUUUGGAGAAGAAAAUCAAACCCUUAGUGAAAUCCAGUCCCGUUGCGUUUGCUGAACGUGUAUUACCAAAAAUCUUUAGCUCAGAAAUCAAAGCAUCCAACAAAGAUUUAGAAUAUUCUUUACGGUAUGCCAAACCCAGUGUGGGUUCACCCGAGGAUUAUCUGAAAUCGGUCACAAAAUCUCAGAUGCAAGAAGGAAUUUUCCAGUUAUCCACUGUAGCUUCUCUUGGCACUCCCCGUUCAGAACUUUUUGCUUUUGUUAUAUAUGAGUCGGGAGCGAAAAUGAUCAUUGAAUUGUGCAUCAAAACCGAUGAGAAACACCUGAAAAUAGAGGAAGUGCCUGUCAGUGUCAAAAGUCGAUCGACUCAACAGCAUUUGAAGAGAGAUCAUUUUAUUCGUGCCCAAUUCGUUUGCGUAAUACGAGCGGAACACUUAGCAACCGGGUUCAUGACCUACGAUAUUUAUGGAAGAGAGAGUGAUCGGCACGUAUUGAAAAGGACAAUGUUAGAGGCAUUGAGUCAGAGAGUGACCGANGAGUCAAGUCGAAGAUUGAUAUAUCAGUUGGCCAAAAUCCGAGUUGGUUGGAAGGCCACUGUGCAAAUCGGUGCACCGGUUCACAUGGUUGGCAGUGCUGGUGGUCCGUCUGAUAGGAACAUUUUGUGCACAUACCAGCCGCUUGAAGGUACAACAAAACGCAAUAUGAGUGAUAAUUUUAGGAUUGAACGAGCAAGCGGUGAAACUGACACGACUACUGGCGAGCCGGGGAGCAAUUUGGUCUCCUUUUCCGUGAUCAAAACCAAUUCCACUUACGAAGAUUCCGGGUUUUAUGCAUGCAAAGUGAGUGGAGACUGUGACGGAUGCACUGAGUCAGUUGGAUUCAUUCCCCGCCGUCUGAUAGUUCUGCCCGAUGCAUCUGUUGUACGAAUAUUAGUCACAGAGAAAGUAUUGACAACCAGUGACAAAUGGGAAGGACAUUUCACCCAAUGCAAUGAGAAAAAUCAACCAGUAGUUCUGAAUGGACACUCAGUUGUUAUCGGUUGCUUGCAGGAGAUACCCCCGGGUGCUCCUCAGUCUUCAGAGUUCCAAUUCACAAUUAAGUCAAAUGAAAACAAUUUCACAUUCGAAGUCACACUCCUCAGUAUAGAACGACAGAAGAAUAAACUGUUGCAUUUGUACCGUUUCGUUGCCCCGACUAUCGAAAAGUUCACUGGGUUCGUGGAAGCGAAGUGCCGUUGGAAUUACACAUUUGAAAAACUAACACCGCCAGAUCUAGCUGGUGAUCGAGAGCCGAUCACAAUCGAAUCAACCAAGACUAUCGAGGUCAGAGCAUUCGUACACCCUGUAGUCUACUCCAAGCUGGCUACCAGUAAUGAACAAGAGAUUGAGAAAAAUAUUCAGACUACCAUCAAAUCGGCGAAAGAAUUUAACAACACAGAAGUGAAACGUUUAUUGGAAAAUGUCUAUCAAGUAAAUCUAGUAGCAACUCUGGGUAUCCCUAGGGGGUCACUAUCCAUGUGGCCUAUGUUCCCUCUUCACAAACACGAAAUUAUUUCAGAGCCAUGCAAAUUAAAUAAUCUUCAUGAAAUGACCGACGCUGAAUUGCCUGAGAACUUGAAGAAUAUGAGUAAAUCAAAAACUAAAGUGAACUAUAACAUUGUCAAUGCCUCAUUCAGUUGUCUGCUUAGACGGGAACACAAAGUGCUCAGCUACAUGGUCCACAAUGCACACGAUCCCAGGACUAACAAUACUGCUUUGGCUGAAAUUUUGUUAUCCAACCUUAAACGCGUGGUUUCUACCUGCCUUUUCGAACCGGAGAACGAAAACCAGCUCGACUUGAACAUACCAGUUGGUUCUUUUACUAACUACGGAUUGGUCAAGUUGGAUAUUGUUUGGAUUGCCUCGCCGAAUGUUGGUUCAAAUGUAUCGAUGUUCGGCUUCGACGGUACACAAAAUGAAGAUAAAAUCAAGUGCUUUUAUCAAUAUGAUGAAACUCAACAGCCUCCGUUUGAACUGCACAGACACAGAGCGUAUGAUCGUGUAGCAAACAGCUUUGCAUUUCGUUUGGACAAGAAAGAACUGACCCUUACAGAUUCGGGCAUUUACAGUUGCAAUGUGAGCGCAACGUGUUUCAAUUGCAAACCAAUCAUUGGAUUUCUACCACGUAGACUCACAGUAUUGCCGGAUGAUUCUGUACUACAAGUUUAUUUGAUUAAACCAUCAGUGGAGUUACGUGAUGCCGGAUUCUACCUCUGUCGUGUUGUGGAAUGUGCGACAUGUCCGGGCGAAUCAUUAACUCAAGCACGGCAGUUUCUUGUGUUUCCCAGAAAACUGAGCAUGAACUUGUGUGUGAGUCAUGCAUCAUUUGAACAGAACGAGGUAUGUCGAAACAACUAUACCCUGAUCGAUUCGGGGUCAAUGUAUGCCUAUGCGGGACAAACUAUAGUAUUGCAUUGUGCUUACAAAAUGCUGACCGCACAUAUAUUCCCACCGUUGGUAAAAUUCGCUUUUGUCGAGCAACGACCGAAUCAAACAUCACACAUUGAACGUAAUUUUACUGUGCUAACAAGCCGAGAUAUUUCUUUGGAUGAGGGCUUGCAUCAUUGCAGCUCAUACACUACUUCCGUACCAACAGAUUUACCAAAAACAGCUCUAAUGACAGCCUACUGCCAAUUCUCCCUAAGUCAAUUACCUAGUCCUUUGGAUAUCAACACACUGAAACACUACAAAAUGCACGAAUUAUCUCAGCGCAUCUUAAACCGGUACCCCAGAACUCCUCGGAUUGAUGAAAAUUCCACCGAAACAAGUAAUCCAGAAUUGACGCACAUUCUCAGAGAGGGCAAUACGAAAUCGGUGAAUCGCACAAUAUUUUACGCAAACACAAAUAGAAGACGAAUUCCCGAAGGUAUCAUCAGUGGGAGCUUUUAUGUUGAUUUGGGCGUACCCGUCGGAACAGUGGCGGUAUGGACCUUAUACAGGAACGGGUCCAAACUCAUCGGGGAUCCAUGUGAGGCCAGACCGCGUACAGAAGAAUCAAACUCAGAGAAUGUAUCGGAUUAUGUUCGCAUGCGAUUCACUUGUUACGUUCAACCUCCAACCAUUGCUCUUCUCAUUUACGCGUUCCAUACACUAGAUUUUGAAACCGCUCAGAGGCCAACAAGUGCCUUAUUCUUACCAGGAUUGUUAACAUCGGUUGAAACGUGGAUUAGUGAGAGCAUCCCUGAGUCAGAUCAACAAGAUGAUGUCAUAAAACCUCCUCAGGGAUUGUCCGGUGACUAUCAACUCGUUCAAAUUCGAAUUGGAUGGAACUCUGUAGUACAAGUAGACUCAUCAAUUUACAUGUUUGGUCGAUCGGAAGGAAUACAUUCAGCUGAGAUCAAAUGCUUUCGUCGCUAUACAACAGACGGGACUCGAAGACGAUUCAAUGCAAAUAUUACACUGUCGGAAAAUGGGCGAACAUUCUCACUAUAUCAGCCAAACGCACAUUUCACGGAUUCCGGGCUAUACAGUUGUCCACUUCACAAUUGUACAUCUGUUCCACGGUGUGUUGGCAUAGAGGAACGUCGGCUAAUUGUUCUGCCAGACUCUUCGGUCAUACAAAUGCGAGUUCACUUUGAGUUAGACUCGGUCUGGCGUGAACAACAAUGUCAGGCGAAUGCGGAUGCACCUGUAAAACCGGGCGAUGAAAUACGAGUCAGUUCCGUUGUCAAUAUACCGGGCACUGAUCUGACCAGGAGCUUCGUGGAUAAGGAGAUACGUCGAGCAAUUAGUGUGGAUGUGCGUCAAUGGCUUGAUGGUAACCAAACGAAUCAGUCCAGUUUAGCAAACUCUAAGUGUUACAACAAAGAUUAUCGCAUGAUUCGACUCCGAGUGGGUUGGAAAGCAUCUAUACCUUGGAGGUCGACAGUUAUCAUUCAUGGACGGCUACGAAGCAGCAAGAUUGAGGAUAUCAAGUGUUACUACCGAGCGAACUAUGAAACGGAGUUCAAACCCUUGGAACGACCAUUCGAGUUGAACGCGAAUGUGACGAUUGAUUACGUUGUUCUCGAAAUAGCCAACACUGAGUAUAGUGAUAUUGGGAGUUAUUAUUGCAGCAAGACAAACCAAAUAAUUGGGAGUAUCAAUACAGUGAUUGGUGUUCGAAAAUUGGUCGUACUUCCGGAUCAGACAGCGGUCAAGUGCGCACUCACAUUGGACUCUCAGGGACAAGAUUUGGUUUCACAAAGACAAAAGCAAGCUGAUGGUGUUACGUUUCUUUUGUCUGAUCAGACCGCAUACGCACAUUGUGAUCGGGAUGAGAUAUUGGGAAAAAUGUUCCCCUCACGUCGUCAAUUUCAGUAUCUAAUGAAAAAUGACCAAACCGGUCAGAUGCAGGAACUGGAGAAAAUGCGACUGACCGAUUCCGAGACGGUGAAUCCAGCAACAAGAGAGUCGCAUAAGAUAGUGGGCGUUUGGUCCAAAGAUUAUACUGGUUUGUUGAGGAUUACUUGUGCCACACUAUUCAUUGACUUGAUUGCACCGUUUGACAUAAACAAACGGAACAAUAGUGCUCAGAUUGAAUGUCAUACGGUCUUCACAAUUCAGGAACCAGCUAAUGGUGAACCGACGGUCGUAACCAUAACAACGGAUUACGAUCGUCAACCGGUACCUCUGGGCACAGAAUUUACUUGCUCAGGUGGUUUCGGACUACCGUCCCUACAAUAUCGUUGGGAAGUGGGCAAAGUUCAAUGGUAUUCUGAGGGAAUACAAGGACAAGAUAUGGUCACUCUAUUGCCCGGAAAUGAAGGUGGCUGGGGUGGCCCAAAGAAAGUUUUUACCGAUUCCCCCGAAGAAAGCCUAGAAAUACAAGGAGCACGGUUGAUCAUACCGGAAAAUCCGAAAUACCGAGGAAUGACUUACACCUAUGUGUGUUUGGGAAGUAAUGUAGUGCAGGAUCGUGUGAACGAGAUUCGCAAAACUAUCACAUUCUCGGUCAUGAUAUGCGCAACGAGAAAUUUGAAAUUGGAUCUAUCCAUAGUACUCAGUCGACACAUUAUGAGCACGUGCUCACUUGUAAACAAUCCGGACCCGGAAAUACAGUUCUACGGUCAUUACUUUUUGACUUUUGUGCGACAGAUUAUUUUAGGUUUACCAUACGGGAAGAAGACUACACGGUUCAACAUCCUAAUGGAUGAUGUACUAUUUGCUAAUGUGGAACACAGCCCAAAAGUCAAAUCAAUCCAGUUCAGUGAAAACAUUUUGCGACAGGAGAUAGCAGAAAGGCUUUAUUCACGAGAGUUGAAACCAACCACAUUGGACAGUGGUUGCGAUGCAUCGCAACUCUCACUAAACAAAGUGGUCCAAGCUUUGAGAAAAAUGCGUCCUCCAAAAACGAAACGGAAGCACGUUGUCCUUCUCGCUCUGGACAAAUUUGUGGAUCUGGAACCACUGGACGAAUUAAAGAACAGUAUAAGUGCUUUGAAAUCUCAAGAAAUUCGAAUCAUUUUGGCCGUUACUCAUGCAUUACAAGGUUCAGAGGAAUUGUUUAAUAAUCGUUUGGUAGAAUUAUUAAAUCCGCUCAAUUUUACCAGCAUUCUGCCCACCUUCAAUCCGACCGAUUCGUGUGACACAUGUCGACCAGAAUGGAACGAUCCUGCACUUCGCAUCAAACGUGAGACAGUAUUUGAUGCAGUUUGCCAGGCUGUCGGAGCCCAGCUACCACCGCAAACUCUGGUACCAGCUUUGCGAUUUUCUAUACCAAUGCACCAAUGGUUUACCGGCGUAGAGUUGGGGAUGACAUGUUUGGGAAAUGUGGCGCAUCCCGAUGAAGAACAGACCACAGCUGAACUAGUUUUAUGCCUAACAAAUAACAAUAUUCUGAAAGUGCUUGGAAAGAAGAAAAUCAAUAUCCAAAUUUUAAUGCAAGUUUGCCACAAGAAACUGGCCUCCAGACUGCAGUCUCUUCAGAAAUCGGUGGAGACGAUCGCUGUCACUUCAAGCAUUCUGUUGGAACCUGACAACCCCGACGAUAUUGUCUGUCCCAGUGCACCGAAAAUACGAUUCCAACCGGAUCUAGAACGAAGUUUAUCCCAGGAUAAAACGCGAUUGGAUGUGACGUGUGACGGUGCAGCCACGGCCAACUCACUUCCAUUCAAGCUGUACUAUCUGGCUCCAUCAUUUUCCAUCAUAUUGUGCAGUCAUCAAUCUGUCAUCGGCGGGAUGAAUCAGGAGAAUCCAUUCACGGGAGAUCGGGAGAUCCCAUGCGCCUUGGCCUCGCAUUUGGAUAACAAAUGUGAUCAAUUGAUCACGAAAGAUUUGCCCGAUAAGAUAUAUUAUCCGGAACGAUGCACCGUCAGUUAUCGAAGUGAUGUGAAUAAUGUGUUUCGACGAAUUGAAUUUACUGUGACAAUGCUCAGAGCAAAAGAUUUCGGUGCACGUGUUUUCUGUGAAGUGAUCGAUCUGUUCGCGGCACAAUCAGUCGGAGACAAAGGUUCUAUCGAUUUGCGCAGUGAGGUGAAAACAGUUAUGUUCUCCAUGCCCACCCAGAUACUUCAAUUCUACUUUGAACCGAGCCGGGAAAUUUGGAUAUGCAAGGCAGCAGCAUUUCCGUUCCCGGAAAUCGGUUCGAUCGAAGCAGUGAGUUCCAGCACUUUGUGGUUGGAGAAGCAACUGGCCUAUUACGAUUCGGUUAUCAAUUUGACUCAGCCACAUACUCUACAUGGACAUUUGCUACCAAAGAGAAAAUUGAUUCAUCUGAACUACACAAUUGCCAUCAGUUUCGUUCCCAGUUUUGAAAUACCCGGUGGACUUCGAAGUGGUAACAUGACUCUACGUUGUCAGUUGGGCAAAGUAAAGCGGGAUUUAACCACAACAAUUGCAAAUCGUACUGAACCGGAAGAACCAGUAAAUAAAGUACCUUCAGUUCCGGAGGUUGGGAAAGCGAUGCAUUUCACAUGCCAAUUCGAUAACCUCCAAAUGAAUUCACCUCAGGCCACUUUGCAUCGGUUAGUGCGGACGUCGUGGCUUAAUUAUGACAUCACUGUGAGUUAUGUGCAAUUACUAACACUUCAUCGAAACAAGUGGAUUCGGACACCGGAUCGUCAGUUACACAUGAAUGGAAUGGGAUUGUGGGGUUCCGACUCGCUUGGUCGAACAACAAUGUUGACAACCAACACAUCAAGCGAUGCCGCUGUUGGGUUCACAAUUUCCAAGGCGAAAGUAAGUGCACACAAUUGCAAAACUUUCAUAAAUUCAUUGUCCAUUUUGAAGAAUAAUUUUGUGAUAUUAAAUUACAUGCCUGGGGAUACAUUUAAUUUCUUGGGUCUGUUAAUUGCUCAGAUCUUCAGGAUUACCUUCUGCAAAACGUAA